AAUCGAUUCAAAACCUUGCGGGAUUUCCUUCAAGCGGGCGAUCGAGCGGAGAUGCUGCGCUCCUGCGAAGAAUGCCGCCAUGUUGUGAUGGAGGGAGACCCUGCAGAAUGGCUAUGCACGUCAUGCGGCGGUAUGUUCCAUGGAACGUGCGUUCGAAACAAACGCCGCCGAUCGGAACCGUGGGAAUGCUCGGGAUGCCAAGGCCUGAAUCAAGAGAAAGGGCUACUUGUGACCGAAGCUGUGAACAAACUCAACGAAGAGGCCGACGAUGCAGACGAAGAAUGGUGGACUGAAAUGGAAGGCUCGUCGAUGUCGCUUCCACUCGAAGAAAUUGCGUCCAACGACAUCAAUAACGAGGCGAACCGCGAGCCACCCCCCACAUCCAUAACACACCAGCAACCAGAUCGAAGCAAUGACGACGAAUGUCGAGAAAUCGUCGACACGGAUGAGACGUUUCGCAUACAAUCGAACGGCGUGUGUACUCGAUGCGGCCUUAUUAGCAUUCCCGAGAUCCACGUCUUGUCAUGCACUGUGUGCCACGAGACGUCGGCCCAUUCGUUGUGCAUGAAGCCACAUUUGCGCAAGAAGUGGUCGUGUCCUGGAUGUUUUAGCGGUGGGCAGCGGCGGGCCAAGGCCGCGUCGAACAACCCCGCGCUGCAUAUCAUCCAGCCCCUCGCGAAUCCGUUGCCAGAGAGCUCCGUCGUGCUGUGCGACAACUGCGAAGGGGAGUUCUCGAUGACGCAUCUCAAAAUGUCGUCGUUGCCCAAAGGCGAUUGGUUUUGCCAGCAUUGCGACGCCUCUGCUGCAGUCGCCGACGACGACGUGUCUGCACCACCCACAACAUCCUCCAUCACACGACGGGCCGCGGCGGCCAUGUCGACCGCCAGCACCCCCUCUCGGACAACUCCAUUGCGCUCGGCGUCGAAACGAGGUCGAGUCGAGGCUGCCCCCCCCCCAGUCGAUAAAAAACGAUCCAAAGUCGACCGAAAGAGCUCUUCAACUAGCAAGACAUCUUCGCGACGUACGAGGGGCGAACCCACGUGCGUGCGAUGCGACAAGGUACCGGGCAUCGAGUCGUCGUGCAAAGAAUGCCGUCGCGUGGCCACCGGCCAGCACAAAGCGCCGAAACGGACUCGAUUGCCUCUUCGCGUGGUCGUUCCCGAGCCGGUGGCGGUGGCGUCGGACACGUCGACCGUCGCCGAUACUGCCGCCGUGGACUUGUGGACCAUGCACGAAAUGGUCGGGCGCACGGUGCUCGUGUACAUGGCGGCGUCGAGCGGGCAGUGGUUGAGCGGCCGCGUGGGCUUCUUCGACCCGCACACGUUGCUCCACCGCGUGCAGUUCCUAGACGACACGGAUCAGUGGCUGCCACUGCACGAGAUGCCGUAUUGCUACAGCCAGCACGUGAACGUGUUUGUGAAAUUAGACCAGCCGAACGCGUGGUGGCCCGCGCAGCUCAUGAGCACCAACGACGUGGCCGCGCGGCACAUGCAGCCAACCGACAAGACGCUCGUGUACUUGUACGGCGGGGACAACGUGUGUGCGUGGGUGUCCAUGUCAAGCGUGCGGUGCUUUGACGUGUUUGAAGCCGACGCUUGUGACCCGUCGAACGCGUCGUGGGCAGACGCGGUGGACGAUGCCAAGGAGGAGAUGCAUCUCGCGCGGGAAACCGUGGUCGAUGCCAAAGAAACGCUGCGGCGGGACAUUCAAAAGCGCUUGCAUGGCAAGACGUGGAUUGGCAAGCACGUGGAAGUUAUGAACUUUUCGCAACAAACCGACGGCCUCACCCACGGCACCAUCACCCAGUUCAACCCUGUCACACACGAGUACUUUGUCUCGUGUACGGACGAAGGGUCGUCGUCGCGGUGGUUUGCCGUCAACGACGACGUGCACAUCUCGCUGCUCGUCGACUGCACGUAUGCCGAGCUGUCCAUGCAGUGGUAUGCCGACCCACAUGCUGUCCUCCGCGAAGACGACACGCACCAACUUCUGGCCAAGACCGCGACCAGCGUCGAGCCGGACGUGACGCGGUGUGUCAAGUGCUUGUUUCCAUUAAUGGGCGAAGCGCUACUGCUUCCGUGCGCGUCGUGCGCCCAGCUGUUUCAUCGGUCGUGUGUGGACUGCCCCCAGAACGAGUUUCCGCUCGUGGACCCCGUCGACGGCGCCAUCCUCGUCGACGAUAUCAACCCCCCGUUUGUGUGCCCGUCGUGCCUCGUGUGCGACGGCUGCGCGUCCCCGACCACGACCGACACGUGGCAUCGCUGGAAGCUGCCGCUGACCCCCGUGACCCUCUGUACGACCUGUCAUGACCUGUACAAGACGCAGUCGUUUUGUCCCGUGUGCCACCGCGUGUAUGGAGGAGGCGCCAUGCCCUUUUGCGCCGACGUCAUGCAGUGCACGACGUGCGACCUGUGGGUGCACAGCGAGUGCGAGCCAGACCCGGACCCAAUGUACCAUACCGAGGACUAUCCUCCCCCGCUGGCGUUUCACCAAGUGGACGACUCGGCGACCAAAAGCCACCCGUCGGAACCGCCAGACUCUACAGCACCGACCCCAGACACGGACGAGGUGCUGACGGAAAAGCAGCGGCGGCGCGCGGCGGACGACAAAAUUGCGCGGACGUUGGCGUUUGCAUCGACGUACGACCCGCGCAUCUUGGCCAAGUACGAGUGCUACACGUGUCGCCGCAUCCGGUGCUUUCGCUUGCUCAAAGCAUUGGUCGCAGAAGACAAGCUCGGCUUGUUUCGCGAGCCCGUGACGGUCGCGAUCGCGCCCACGUACUUUGACGUGAUCAAGCACCCCAUGGAUUUGCAAACGAUGGAAAACAACUUGAAGGACCAGCACUACGUCCACGCGCUGUGCGCCGACUUUCGCGACGAUUUCGAGCUCAUGUGUCUGAACGCAGUCACGUUCAACUCGAAGGAGCGCAAUUUCACCAUUUGGCGCGAAGCGUGGCGGUUCUUCAACGCCGGGACGCGCCUCGUCCGGCAAACGAUGCCGAGUGUGGGGUUCGUCCCCGGCAAGUUUGCCGACAACAUGAUUGCAGCGGCCAAGCGCCAACUGCCCAACAACAGCGUGCUGGCCAACAAGGAAGAGCCAAAGAAGGACGUCGUUGUCGUCAUCUCGGACGAAUGUACUGUCGAGUCCAGCCAGACCCACGCCACCGACGCCGCCGCUAUCCCCGCCGACACGAUCAAGGUCGAGCCAGGGAUGGCGCCGCCGUCGUCGACGUCGUCGGCAGUGGUGGUAGUGGCGGACAAGGUCGUGCAGGCCAGCCUUGUCAACGAGAUGAGUACGUUUGUCGUGCCCACGGAGCUCGCCGUGGUACCCAAACCGUACUCGUGCGUGUCGAGUGUGGUCGCAACGCAGUCCAAAAUACAAGCGCACGAGAUGGCGUGGGUCGACGUGUGCGCAGUGUGCUGCAGCUCGGGGCAGACGCUCGCGAUGGUGUUUUGCGUCGAUUGCGGCGAAGGGUUUCAUACGUUUUGUCUGCAGCCGGCGCUGGACCUCGAGGCGAAACGAAGCGACAAGAUCCUCGAGUAUUGGCGGUGUCCGAACUGCAAGAUUUGCGAGUUCUGCGGCCGGUGCCAUCAAGAAGACGAGGCCAAGCUGCUUGUGUGCGAUGUCUGUGAGCGAGGGUUCCAUACAUUUUGCCUCAAGCCCAAGCUCCGCGACGUCCCGUCCGGCGGGUUUGUCUGCGGCAGCUGCAUCCAAUGCGACUCGUGCAGCGUCCCCCAAGACAAGACGACGUGGAGCUCGACGCCGUCGUCGUGUCUGACAUGCCUCGGGGUCAAGAUCGACGACUUGGCCAAGAAGAAACCCUCGGCCAAGAGAUCGACCGACUGCUGCCCUGUGUGCAGUAAAAAGUGGAUGGCCACCGAACCGUUGAUCCAGUGCGACGGGUGUGAGCUAUGGGUGCACCCUGUUUGCGACCACAUCACGGACGACGCGCUCGCGGUGCUCGUGGACGACUCGACGAGCGAGUACUACUGCCCCGUAUGUCGGCAAAAGCAACGCCAGCACCUGAACGUGUUCAAGAAAGCGUGGGACCUUCAAAUGAACAUUGCGCUGAUUCAAAACAAACGGCAAGAUCUGGUCGAGACGUGGCAGGCCAAGCAAGUGAACGCGAAAACCACGAGGCAGUGGGCGCAUUGGCGGGCCCGGUGUCCCGUCUACUUGUACACGAUGCGAUUAGGCGAAGAAUGCCUCAAGUCGUUGGCAGGGCGGCGGCUUUCGUUUUCGUACCCGUCGUCGACCCAAGGCGAUUUGUUUAACGUGUCGCUGAUCCCCGUAAGCAUCCGCCACCGCGCCAGUCGAUACCUCCGCUUCAAACGGUACGCGCGGGGUCCCAAGGCGGCGCUUCGGCGGCAAAACCGAAAAAAAGGCCACUUUUUCACAUGGGAAGGCGUCAACAGCGGCGACGAAGGCGCGAUCGCCAACGUCGUGACCGAGGCCGUGUCUGCGGCGGCCUUCUUGGCGUGCUGCACGUGGCUGUACGGGACCAAGAAACUGAGCAUGUUCACCGCGACAUUGGUGCGGGCGAGCGGGGACCCAAUCCCAGACGCAUUGUGGAAUGCCUUGGUGGACAAGCAUGCGAUUUCGCUGGCGGACGAAGUCAAGUUCCUCACGGCAGAGUACACCAAGCGGUCCAAAGCUCGGGACGUUGCCCCCACUCCAACUAAUAGUACUAGUACUACUAGUACUACUAGUACUCCAACCCCGCUUGCGUUGUCGUUGGAACCAACUACAUCAAGCAGCAGCAGCAGUGCCCCCCCUGAAACGUCGUCGAGUCAAGAUCUUGUGCAAGUCGAGCCAGUGGGUACCGUGUUGUUGCCAGAACACCACCCCCCCGUCGUUCGGAUGACCGUUGCCAAGCCCUUGCAUGGGUGGCAAGGGUGGGCGGAUCACACACUCCACUUUGGAUCGUUUCAAGACCAUCGCAUGUGCGGGUUGUGCCGCGUCUUUGGCGACAGCACCGUGUGCGGGCGCCUGGUUUUCGCAGACUACGACCAGUGGGUACACAUAAACUGCGCGUUUUGGUCCCACGAAGUGUACGAAGACGCGUACGGGACGCUCAUCAUGUGUCAGAAGGCGCGGUUCCGCGGCCGCACGACGCGGUGUUCGGUGUGCCACUUGUCGGGGGCGACGCUUGGGUGCCACGGCCUGCGCUGCCAGCUCAACUUUCACUUUACGUGCGCACAAUCCCACGUGAAUUUUACAUUGGACAAGCAAACAUUUUGCCAUCAACACGACCAUUGGAUGGCGCAUAUCAAGAAGCAACAGGACCGGCGGCGAAAAAAGCUAGACGACGCCAAGGCCAAGCUGGCGGCAACAGCAGCAGCCAACAUUGACGGCAAACUAGCACGACCCAACGACGAAGACGGCGGCGACAACGAUGCUGUGGAGGUCGUGCGCGCGGGGAUCAACGACCCAAGAGCCAUCGAUGAUGACAACGAAGUCGACGAAACAGUGCACUUGUGUGUGUCGGAGCUGGUGGAUUCGAUUUGUACCGACGCCAUCGACGCCCGGUUGGAGCCGCUGCGGUUUGUUAUGAGCGACCCCCUUACCGACAAGAAGGCGACCAAGACCCAAAUGGCCAAAGGCACGUGCUACCGAGUGGGCGCCCUCUGCGUGCAAAACCUGGGGACGAUUCAAGUCGGUAACGACAGCUUCCACACGCGGUCGACGCUGUACCCUCUGGGGUAUCGAAGCACUCGCCUCUUUUGGAGCGCCACAAACGUCGAGCAGCGAGCUCUGUACGAAUGCGAAAUUGUCAACGACAACUCCCACAACAAGGCGACUACCACCAGUCGCCCCCUCUUCAAGAUCACACCGUGCGACGACAUGGACAACCCCAUCUAUGGAGCCACUCCCAACGAUGCGCUCCACCAAUUGCGAAGUCGACUGGUGGGUCUAUACGAGUCCCAUCGAGCGUUUGCCGGGUCGACCAAUCCGUUUACGAAUCGCACGUCAUGGUACUCGUACGGGCUCCUGGGCGACCACUUCUUUGGGCUCACCGUGCCCGUGAUUGGCGCGGCGCUGGAAACGUUGCCGUACGCCGCCACCACGGCCUUACAAGACGCUCAAAACCCAUAUCCGUACGCGUUUUGCCACACGUUGCCGACCCCAGCCAUGUUUGAAGACGCCAAGCACGACCUGAAGCGCCACCGAGUCGCCAAUGCCCACGCGCAGCACUCAUCCGGAUGCGCACGGACGGACGGAUUUGCAUGGCACAAACUCAAGACCAAGCCGGAUGGCGUGGCCAAGAGACGCAAGGUGAACGUGUCCAAGCAAGCCAGCAACGACGACACCAACCAAACCAAACAGCCAGCUAACGGCGGCAUGGAAAACCUGCCGAUUCCGAUGCAGUACCGCGACUUGCGGCGGCGGCCGUUUAGCGAACGUCUCGAAGUGCGCAAGUCCAAAAUCCACGGCUACGGCUUGUUUGUCAAGGAAGCGAUCGCCGAAGGCAAGAUGAUUGUUGAGUACCAAGGCCAAGCGAUUCGACAAAAGGUGGCCGACAUGCGCGAAAAGCGGUACGAGGAAAUGGGGAUUGGCAGUUGCUACAUGUUUCGACUGGACAAAGAUAUUAUUGUCGACGCCACCCAGACGGGAAACCUCGCUCGAUUCAUCAACCACUCGUGUGACCCAAAAGCAAAUGCCCGGAUCAUCAGCAUCGACGGCAACGAAAAGAAAAUUAUCAUUUUUGCCAAGGUGUCGCUCCAACCUGGCGACGAAGUCACGUACGAUUACAAGUUUCCAAUCGAAGACGAAGCGCUGCGAUGUGACUGCGGCGCUCCCAACUGCAUCGGCCGCAUGAACUAGACAUAUGGCCAUCCAACAAUCAACUCCCUUGACCAUCCAUCCCCACGUGCAAAGUGGUGGCGUGUCGACGGGUUCAAUACUUGGCCACCGUGCGCAGCAUCUCGAGUCGCAAGUCGUCCUAGCACAUACACAGGCCAAUCAAGGUUUAGAAUAUACCACUGUGUAGCU